CAUGCGCUCUAUGGUGCUGCUGUAUUCAACACAGGCCUGCUAAACGUGGUACAGUGUAGCUGACAGCAGGCGACGAGAAAUUUCUUUCCAAAGCGUAGGCGCCAUAGCAGUUAUUUUCGUCCAGAACUUUCUGAACGAGUCUGAGGAAAUUGCUCAUGGCAAGCGAAAGGAGUUUCCCUGACAGCUUCAUAGAUGAAGACCCUGAGAAAGCUCUUGAGGAGCUGAACGGGGCACUGGGGCAGACAUCGGACAAUGCGGAGUGGCUCUGCCAGCGUGCAUACGCUCACAUUCUACUCAAAAACUACAGCAGUGCCGUUGAGGAUGCUCAGAAAGCCCUGGCCCUCCAUCCCAGUUUUGCUCUGGCCUUCAUGAGGACAGGAAUUGCCGAGUACCAUUUGAACAACUUCCCUUCGUCGCGGGAGGCCUUUGUGAAAGGGCAGGCUUUAGACGGUUCGGACGGCGCGUUCGCGGUGUGGAUUAAGCGCUGCGAGGAGAGCAUGGCGUUGGGGAGCCACAAUGGAACAUCGCACAUGCAGGAGACAGCGCCACAAGUAAAGCACGACUGGUACCAAACAGAAUCCCAUGUCAUCGUCACGGUGAUGGUGAAGAACGUGAAGAAGGAGGAAGUCAGUGUCAAGUUUGAAGAAAAAGAGCUGACAGCCGUGCUGAAGCUGCCGUCGGGAGAAGACUGGCGUCUGAAGAUCCCCCUCCUGCACCCUGUGGCUCCCCAGCAGAGCACUUUCAAAGUCCUUUCCACCAAGGUGGAGAUUAAGAUGAAGAAGACUGAGGCUCUACGGUGGGAGAAGCUGGAAGGGGAGGGGACUCUGCCCAACGUCAAGCACUUCACUCCAAACCAGUACCCCUCAUCCUCCCAUUACACGCGGAACUGGGACAAGGUUGUGGGCGACAUCAAGGAGGAGGAGAAGAGCGAGAAGCUGGAGGGGGACGCGGCGCUCAACAAGCUGUUCCAGCAGAUCUACUCGGAUGGCUCGGACGAAGUCAAGCGCGCCAUGAACAAGUCCUUUAUGGAGUCGGGCGGGACGGUGCUGAGCACAAACUGGAUGGACGUGGGCAAGAGGAAAGUGGACGUGAGCCCUCCGGACGACGGCGAGUGGAAGAAGUUCUGAGCCGGCGGGUCGCGGCGCGACCCCGGAGGCCUUAGCGUGCCCCUCCGUAUCCAUCCGCAUCCUCCCACAGCCUGUUUGCUUUAGAACGCAUACCACAUACCCCUCAGCAUGAUUCUGCCGCAGCCUGCGUGUGGAUGUCUGCACAAGCAAGAAAGGGCGGAAUACCACUCCGGGCCAAUUUCUAAAUGAAUUUAUUUGUAAAUUUAAACAGAUGUAUAACCGUGAAGAAAGUUAACCUUCUUUUAUUUGCACACCUUUUGUAAAAAAAUCCCAACAGGAACACGUCAAAACAUUUGAAAAAUAUUUUUCUCACUUUAUUUUUUGGUCAGAAAUGACAUGCGCUAACGGGGCAUUUUCAGUCAUCUGUGUUGUGUGUGUGUGCGCAAAGGGUUAAGUCUUUCUUAAAAAUCUAUUAAAACAAAAUGUAAAUUAAAAUUUCCUUGGACUGAA